UUUAUUACUGGUUUCUACGUAGUUUUUUUGUUUUAGAGAGAGGAAAGAACAUUAAUGGAAAAGAGUGAGGUGAAGCUUUUAGGUGCAUGGCCAAGCCCCUUUAUGUUGAGGGUGAGAAUCGCUCUUCACCUCAAAUCUAUAAACUACGAGUUCAUUGAGGUAGAUUUAUUGGGACCCAAAAGUGAGUUGGUUCUUAAAUCCAACCCUAUUUAUAAGAAAAUCCCAGUCCUGUUUCAUGAUGGUAACACCAUCCUUGAGUCUCAAAUCAUUGUUCAAUACAUCGAUGAAGUUUGGCCUAAUGCCCCUUCCAUUCUUCCUUCUGAUGCCGCUCAACGAGCUGAUUCUCGAUUUUGGGUUGCUUAUUUUGAUGACAAGCUCGUCCCCGCCUUGAUAAUAGCAUUGGCAGCUAAGUCAAAAGAUACAAAAAACGCAGCAAUAGCCGAACUGGAACAGGGGCUGGUGCAUUUGGAAGAAGCAGCCUCGACAAAGUUGAGCAAAGGGAAAGCUUUGUUCGGUGGGGAAAAUCUUGGGUACAUGGACAUUGCAUUGGGUCCCUUCUUGGUCUGGAUUGGGAUCAUAGAGAAGCUUAAUGGGGUCAAGCUGCUCAAUGAAACCAACACCCCGUCGUUGCUUCGUUGGGCUGAUAGCUUCUUUUCUCAUGCAGUCGUGAAGACUAUUUUUCCUGAAGUUGAAAAGCUUAUAGAAUUUGCUAUGAAGCUUAUACCUGUCUUGAGAGCUAGGCCUGAGCUAAGGUUGCUGCUCGGAAUUAGUGAUUAA